UGAUGGAACUGAACUGACUCAUGCUGUUUCUCAGUGAAUGAGGCUUCCCACCCUUGAAACUGUUUUUAAGAGGGCAACAUUCAGAAACACCAACAGGGUCUUGAUAACAAUUAGAAAUACUGAAUAUAACCAGAAUGUUCACUAGAUCAAUUCCCCAAAACCACCCUGGGUGCCAGGUUCAAAAUUUAUUCCUAUAGCAGCUGUUGAUGUUUCACUGAUAAACAUCUCUAAAGAAUCUCUUCUGGAUUUUACGGCAACCAUGUUGAUAAAAGAAUAUCGCAUCCCCUUACCUCUUACGGUUGAUGAAUAUCGCAUCGCACAGCUGUAUAUGAUACAGAAAAAAAGUCGAGAGGAAAGCUACGGUGCAGGAAGUGGUGUCGAAAUCUUGGUGAAUGAGCCAUACCAAAAUGGUCCUGGAGGAUCUGGCCAGUAUACUUAUAAGAUCUACCAUAUCGGAAGUCAUCUACCAGGGUGGUUUCGCUCAAUUCUACCCAAAUCUGCUCUACGAGUAGAAGAGGAAGCAUGGAAUGCAUACCCUUACACAAAGACACGCUACAAGUGUCCAUUUGUGGAGAAAUUCUCGUUAGAAAUUGAGACGAGAUACCAAAAUGAUGGCGGGGAACAGGAGAACAUUUUUGAUCUGGAAGAAUCUGAUAAACGUAACAGAACAAUUGACUUCAUUGACAUAGUGACCGAUGCGGUACCCAGCAGUGAAUACAAAAAAGAAGAGGACCCAACGCUUUAUCAGUCAGAGAAGACCAACCGCGGUCCUCUGACCGAAACUUGGCGGGAAGAAUACUCAAACUACUGUCGCAAUGGUCCAACCGCUAUCCACGCUAUAAUGACCGCUUACAAGUUGUGUAAAGUAGAGUUUAGAUACUGGGGGAUGCAGACAAAAAUUGAGAGAUUUAUACAUGAUAUUGGUUUACGAAAAACUAUGCUUCGUGCUCACCGCCAAGCCUGGUGUUGGCAAGAUGAAUAUUAUGGGUUAUCCUUGGAAGAUAUUCGUCACCUGGAAAGAGAGACACAAGCUGCACUGGCUGAGAAAAUGGCCAAUGCUAAUGAUAACGUUGAACCAAUUGACAGCAAGAAACUGACCAUGCCUAAAACCAGCACAACAGAUAUACCUCUGACCGCAUCUCAUUCUUCUGAUGCCAUUCACAGUUGUCUUUCAAAGACAUCACCAUACGCUAGUAUUCCAGACCAUCUGUCAAAUACAGACACAUUGACCUCAACUCACUCUUUUGGAUCUAAAAAGUCUGUUGCAGAUCAGGAAAACCAGUCAACUGAUUCCACACAUGAAAUCCAAAGGGAUUCAAACCGAAAUUUGUCCGACUGGCGCUUAGAAAGUCUUGAACAACUCCAGGAAUCAAGUUCCGAUGAUGAUGAGUUCUAUGACGCCCUUGAACAAUGGGACAGCCUGUCGUUAAAUCGAGAGAGGCCAUACCUAACAUGCACCCUGGCAGAAUCAUGGGACAGUCUGGCCCAAGGCAGACAUAGGCCCCACUUAAUGCACUCAACAUCUAUGGAGCUAAUAACCUCUGCUGAUGAGAUGAAUAAAGACUUAAGACUGAAAGGAACUUCAUUUGAGCGUAAAAUACAAGAGUACACAAUAAGGUCACCCGAUCCACUUCUAAACACACCUGUAAACAGCAAUUUGAAGAAAUGUUCAGAUGUCCUCUUUAUUGUGAUGUACGGAGGUUGUCUCCUGGAAGCAGGCCAAGAAUUCCCGACCAUUCGUGCUGAUUAUGCCACUUUAAAGAACACCUUUGACUCUGUCAUCAAAGCCCACUACCCUAACAUCAAGAACCAUGUUUCAUUCCGGUUACUUUCAUGUCCUCCCAUUUGUGCUGAAUCACUCAACCUGCUCUCAGGUUUGAGCCCCUAUUCCUCAGAGUCUACAACCGGGAAAGAUGGAGAAGUAAACCCAACAAUGACCCAGGAAUUUAUUCCUCUUGGCGCCAUUGCUUUAUUUGCCUCAUCCAAUAUUGACUUUGAGGAGAGUGUGACUUCAGUGAUUACCAAGGCUAACCACGUGUAUCAGGAAUUCCUUCAAUCCGAUGAGGGUAAAGGUUUCACUGGACAGGUGUGUUUGAUUGCUGACAGCACCAGUUCACUGUUGGCAUAUGACGCCCUCUGUCGAACAUCGGUCAAGGAACAGCGCAACAGUUGUAGAUAUGGCAGUCAUGCCAGUAUAUACGACGGAACGGACGGAAUCGACGGCCGUCAUUCACAAACAUACAGUGAAUACCAAGGUAGUCCCGAUAGCACCUCAUAUCCCCACGACAACGGAACACCAUCUCCCAUUAGCAAUGAUGUUUUCACUCAUGACAUCGACACCGCUGCAGCUGCCAGUGGUGUCAGUGGUAAACCCUGCCAGCAGAACACCAGCGGUAGUCGAACGUUCUCGCAGCAUCUGUCGGUGCAAGGUACACAGAUGAGCAGCAGCAGUAGUUCACACACAACUCAGCGGACGAGCAGUAGUAGUCACUGUGAAGCAAACCAGAAUGCCAUUCGUUUAGGAUUUGAAGUCUCAGAAUUCUUCAUGUUUGGAGCACCACUUGGACUUGUUUUGGCUUAUAGAAGGAACGUACCACCAGUCCGACCCACCUGCAACCAACUGUACAAUCUAUUCCACUCCCAUGAUCCCUCAGCUGUCCGACUGGAACCUCUCAUACAUGACAACUUCAAGUUCAUUUCACCAAUCAAGAUACCUCGACACAGCAAGUUCCCCCUUGGUCUCGCGGAACCUGUACAUGUAGUUGAAAGCAUCCAAGCAAAUAUGAAAUUAUUCAUAAACAAGCCACACCAGUCAAUGUCUCCCUGUCACAUGCCUCUACACCGCCAGACCAGUUGCUCCAGUAUUUGUAGUCAAGCAUCAAUUCUUGAUGAAGGAACAGUCUCUACUAUAACCAAUGUAACGAACCGCUGGUGGGGUAACAAACGACUGGAUUAUGCCUUAUAUUGUCCAGAAAUUCUACAUUCAUUCCCCACUAGUGCUUUACCUCAGUUGUUCCACUCCAGUUUCUGGGAAUCAGGUGAUGUUGUGUCAUUCAUUCUCAGACAGGUGUUUUCUCAAGAUGUCCUCAAUGGAUCAGAAACAGAUGUAGAAAUUGGUGCCAUGAAGAAAUUUUCACCAUCAAAGCCCUGUGAAAAGUGGCUGAAAAGGAGGACUACUAUUAAAGUUCGGAAUCUACAGCCCAACCAUCGAGCUAAUGAUGUAUUGGUCCUUGAGGAUGUGGAACAAGUAUUGACUGCCAAAUUUUCAUAUGGACCCCUAGACAUGAUCUCACUAUCUGGAGAGAAGGUUGAUAUUUAUGUAAUGACGGUACCACCAUCUGGGGAUUGGGAUCACCUUGGUCAUGAACUGACAGACAACCAUGGACGUUUGACUUACACCAUUCCAAAAGAGAAAAGGAUCACACAAGGGAUUUAUCCCAUUAAAAUGAUAGUCAGAGGUGACCAUUCCAUCGUGGACUUUCAUUUAGCUGUACUACCCCCAAAGACUGAAGCAGUCGUUUUCAGUAUUGAUGGCUCAUUCACUGCUAGUAUGUCCAUUAUGGGCAAAGAUCCGAAAGUUCGUGCCGGAGCAGUUGAUGUUGUUCGCUAUUGGCAAAACCUUGGUUACCUAAUACUCUAUGUCACUGCUCGUCCUGACAUGCAACAUAGGAAGGUUGUAUCAUGGCUGGCGCAGCACAAUUUUCCCCAUGGAAUGGUAGGGUUCAUGGAUGGAUUGUCUAAAGAUCCCUUAAGACAGAAGCUCAACUUCCUCAAAACCUAUAAAGACGAUACACAGUUGCUGUUCAAGGCAGCAUAUGGCUCAGCCAAAGAUAUUGGUAUUUACAAAGACCUAGAAAUUUCCCAACAACAAAUAUUUAUUGUCGGCAAAGCCUCUAAGAAGCAUUACAGUCAGGCUCAGAUCCUGUCUGAAGGUUAUGCAUCUCAUUUGUCAAAUCUAAUGAAACCAGGAAUGUCACGCCCUGCCGUUGGCAACGCCAGGCUGUUCAUUCGCAAAACCUGUUUCUCAUUGCCCUCGCAGCCAGUUCGCAAGAAAUCCGCCAAACGCAGUGCAUCAUGUCCGCACGGUAGCACUGCUUCUUUUGCUGCACCUACAGGCCGUGGAUCAGUCGAUCUGACCACCUACGGAAGCCAACCAAAGUUACGAACACCAGCAGCUCGAUCAAAAAUGCCAAUGUGUUUAUACCAAGAAGAUAUUUAAUUGAUCUUUAGCAAUGGAAGAAAUAUUCUUUGUUUUUUCCCUCCCGUCUUAAUCUUCUUCUUCUAGCUGACAAAAGUGAUGGUUGAUGGUUGCAAAAUAUUGCAUAAACCCUAAAUUUAGUGCUAGCACCAAUGUUUGGCUCAACAUUCAGAAUUCAAAGACCUUAUUCUUGAUCUUGUUUUUUUUUUUCCUUUGUAAAUGCUGCUAGCAUGUAGCCAUUUUAAAGAUAAGAUAGACAUAAAUGUGGAUUUAUGUUCGACGGUUUGCUAAUUUUCAAAACUACCAAAUUUAGUUCUCACUUCAAAUCUGUGAACUCAAAUUUAUUUUAAAGACUUAUGUCGUAUGAUGAUUGGUGGUUGGAAACAGAGUGGGGAUGGGGUUAGUAAAACAAGGGAAAAG